CCAGCCACCUCCCCGCGCCCAGCCGGGAGCGCAGCCCCGCAGCCCCCGGCAGCCCGGAUGGGAGGCGCCGGCGGGGAUGCAGCAGCCGCGGAGCGGGACGGCGGAGCCCAGUAGAGUAGGAGCCGGGAGCCGCCGCCAGGCGCCAGGACCUCGGGAGCCCCCGGGCCGCUCUCCCCGCUGCCGGCCGGGCUUGUCCGGGCGGCGGCGCUGCUGAGUCCCGGCGUUUCACCCCAGCGGCCGCGAGCCCGGAGCCGGGCCGGAGCAGCUAGAGGCCGCGCCCGCCGCGCAGCGACAGGAGCCGGGACCCCGGCGGGACCGAGCCCCGCUCCCCAGCCGCGCGCCUUCGGGGCCGGGGCUCGGCGCAGCUUCCAACCCCACUCCGCACCCAGCAGGAGCCGCGGCCGGAGCCCAGGCAGGAGGCGGCGGGGCCGGGGCGCUGCAGCCCGGGGCAGAGAAGGGGCGAGAUGGCGUCGUACGUGGAUAACAGCUUCCGCCAGGCGGUGAUGAAGAACCCGGCGGAGAGGAGCCCCCAGGAUUUGGAGAUAGUGUAUUCUUAUUUACAUGGAAUGGAAGCCUUGUCUAAUCUGAGGGAACACCAACUCAGGCUGAUGUGUGAAACUGUGAGAUAUGAAAGGCAUGAAGCAAACGAAGUUCUGUACUACCCUGAUGAUAUUGGCUCCUGUUGGUAUAUCCUGCUGUCUGGUUCAGUAUUCAUCAAAGAGUCUAUGUUUCUUCCAAGGAGCAGUUUUGGCAAGCGUUCUGCAGGAAGCUUCAGGCGUGGCUGUGAAUGCAUUGUUUUAGAGCCAUCUGAAAUGAUUGUGGUGGACUAUAUGGAUGAAAAUGAAGAAUAUUUCCAGCGUCAAGCUUCCCAUAGACAAUCCCGAAGGAGAUUUAGGAAAAUCAAUCAAAAAGGAGAAAGACAAACCAUUAUUGAUACUGUGGAUCCUUAUCCUGUGGGGAAGCCACCUUUACCUAGAGGUUAUCAUACGAUUGAAAAUUAUAGGCUUUCUUUAUAA